UGUAAUGUGUAUUGAGUUUGCUGUUGUGAUUAUGUUUCAUGCUUCAGAAUUUCUGUUAAGGGAAUGUAGUGAGAAACGAUGCUCCUGGUUUUCACAGUGCAUUGUGGGACUUUUUAGAGAGCAAAUGUUUUAGUGCACUGGAAGAAUUUUGGGAUUGAGACAGCUCUUAAAAUGGCCAACUCCCUGAUCAGUGUCCUGACUAUUGAACUACACUUUAAAAAGUAGGCUAAUUCAGGGGGUCUUUUAUCACAACUUAAAUAAAUGCAUGGUUGCAAGUUAAAAAUGCAAACUUAUUGCAAAACUUUGUUUUUAGUUCAGUUGACAUAAUAUUGAUUAUUACAUUAACUUAAUGUGUCACUAAACUCAAAUUUCUGCUUUAAUUGAAUUCCUUUAAAAAUAAAGCUGUAGUAACUGUUAUAUUUGACAUUUAAAAUAGUGUCUGUUACGUAGAAGUUUUUGUGGUUACAUUGUGCUGACGAGUAGACAACAUGAAGGUAAACACUAUAUAUUGACUCUAUAAGCAUUGACUGCUCUAAUGUGACUGACAAUUAAUAUCUUACUUGUUCAUUACACACAUACAGUAUAUGUGCCAAAUAAGUUACAUUUAGUAUGUGUAAUGAUAGCUGUGGUUUUGAACUGAAAUAGAUAAGAUUAUUUGGUUCCAGAGCCAGAGGGCAGUUGACUGUAUCAACAAGAGGGAAAACAAUUUUCUGAAAAUGGGUGCAAUGUGCCGUUUUCCAGUGGUGGUGGUGAUGAAAAGUAAUUGUGCCUUAACUUUUUAAGCUCUGUGAAGAAGAAAUUACUCUAAGACCAAAGCAGAGAAGCAUGAAGAAGCUGUGACAUAUGAGUAGCAGUGAUGGCCGUUCAUGACUUGUUUCACAUUGCUAUGUUUGAUUAAGAGUCAUUGUUUUCAUAAUCUACUUUUUAUUUCAUUUUGUCAUCACAUUUGAUAGGUUAUAGGUUAUAGUAUAGAAAAAUGAAACAAAAAAAAUUGUUGUUCUUUCUUCAUAGAUCACACAUUAGAAUGAAUUAGAAAUACACAUUAGCAAUUCUUAAACAGGCACCAUUCAUAAAAAGUAUUGGAUGUUUCUUAAAGUUUAUACAGAAGAAAAAGAUUCAUAAUAUUACACUAUUAAAAUACUUAAAAAUAAACAUUUAGUUAACUUAACAUUUGUUCCACAGGCUUAUCUAGCAGCACUCUCCAAUUUUUUUUUUUUUUUUUUUUUUGUGUUUACAAAAGUCUGCAUAUCAAACAACUGAAUAUCAUCCUCGUGACUAGAAGCCUAUACAAACAUGACAUUAAAUAUAAAAGCUCUUUCUGAAACUUCACAAAAUCUUCCACUGAGAUUCUGAAGGCAACAACCAAACCAAGGUUCAUUUCAGGUUCAUCAUGGCAAUGCUGAGAAGUCUAAUGCUUCUUUUCCUUAUCUUCUCCAUGGGGAAAGCAGAAGUUGAUUUAGUCAUGAAAUGCCCCGCUGGAUGGUCAAGUUUUGGACUCCGGUGCUUCAAGUACUUCCCUCAGUCGGUUUACUGGAUCACAGCAGAGAGAAACUGCCAAAGUCUUGGUGCGCAUCUCGCAUCUGUGCAUAAUAAACCGGAAAAUGAUUUUCUGCUGGGUCUGUUGCCUUCUUCUUCCACACAAACUUGGAGUGGUGCUCAUGAUGGAGAACAAGAUGCACAGUGGUUGUGGACUGAUGGAACUGUGAUUGACUACACCAACUGGUGCUCUGGAGAACCUAACAAUUUUGGUGGUCCAGAGAACUGUGUGGAGAUCAACUGGACCUCUGGCCGCUGCUGGAACGAUGCACGCUGUUCAACCCAAAUGGGCUAUAUUUGUGUUACAGACGUGUGAGAUCAUAUGCAGUCAUGCUGCUCCACAGUUACUUUGAUUGUACACUUUCUGCUCCUAUCUUUACCAAAAACAAAAAAUGUUGUUUUGAAAUUAAACAUCAUUUAAUCUUUUCUAAGCUUUAAUCUCUUCUUCUAUACCUCUUCUUCAAUUUAAUAAUCUUUAAUGCAUUCUCUGAAACACUCCUCUAAUCAAUAAAA